UCCCCGUGCAGUGCAAUGGUUUCAUCUGCUUCCUGCUGAGCUGCAAAGCAUUACUGGGAUGGGAUUUCCUUCUGACUGCUGAUGUCACGACAGAUGCAUUAGGCCCAGGAGUCCCUGUACCCCCUUUAUAGCAGGCAGCUAUCUGCACAUGGCAUGCUGUGCCAGCUGUUGUGGGGUACAGCGCCUGGACAUGCCCUGGGGCAGGGUCUGCAGGAUCUGGACCAGGAACCAGAGGCAAGACUCCUGAGCUGCAGGGAACCAUCCAAGUAGAAAUGGAAAGUACAAAGCAAACCAGAGUUUCCCGGCCACACAAGAUCAGUGAGUCUUUAAAGUUGUAUCGAUGGAGCGACCUCUCCUGUCUGGUUCUUCAGAGACUACAUGAGCAGAGGCAGAUGGGGCACUUCUGUGACGUCGUACUAGUGGCAGAUGAUCAGCGAGUCCCGGCUCACAGGAACUUCCUAUCGGCCUGCAGUGACUAUUUCAACUCAAUGUUCACCAUAGGCAUGAAAGAGGUGCACCAGAAGGAGGUGGAGAUGGUCGGUGCCUCGUUCUUAGGCCUCAAAGCUGUCAUCGACUUCCUGUACACCGGUGAUCUGCCUCUGGAUGGAGGGAAUAUUGAUUAUGUUCUGGAAACCGCUCAUCUCCUACAGAUCUGGAAAGUGGUGGACUUCUGCUGCGAGUACCUGGAGAAUGAGGUGAAUGAGGAGAACUAUCUGUACCUGCAGGAACUGGCCUCCAUCUACAGCUUGGAACGCCUGGGCUGUUACAUUGACUCCUUUAUCCUGCGCAGCUACAGCUCCCUGUGCGACACCAGCACCUUCCUGCAGAACAUCCCUUUGCAGAAGCUCUGUCAGUACCUGACGAGCAGCCAGGUGCAGCACAGCAGCGAGCACGACCUCCUGCAGUCCGCGCUACAAUGGCUGACCCACUGUCCACAGCGCGAGGGCCAGGCUUAUCAGGUUCUGCAGAACAUCCGAUUCCAGCUGAUCCUAAAGAGCGAGCUUCUGCAGCGAGUCAAGCCAAUAAUAUGUUCUCUGCUCCCAAAAGAGUCCAACUGUGAGUGUCUGGUGGAGGAAGCCAUCUAUUACCACAGCAAUGUGGCAGCUCAGCCCCUGCUCCAGAACAUGCGCAGCACCCUACGUGUGGGGGCAGAGCGCCUUCUCUUCGUGGGCGGAGAGGUUUCUGAACAUUGCCUUGAGUUGAGCGAUGAUGUUUACAGUCUGGACAGUCAGAAGGAGCAGUGGGUGUUGGAGACGCAGCUUCCCGCUCGGAGGAGUCACCACUGUGUCACUGCUCUGGGCAACUUCAUCUACGUGGCUGGAGGAAGUUUCUCGAGAGACAACGGUGGGGAUGCUGCAUCCAACCUUCUCUACAGAUACGAUCCCCGCUGGAGUCAGUGGACCCAGGUGGCCCCCAUGAACCAGCAUCGUGUGGAUUUCUAUUUAGCCGCAGUGACUGAUAAACUUGUCGCAGUUGGUGGGAGGAAUGAGAAUGGCGCCUUGUCUUCAGUGGAAGUCUACUGCCCUCAGCUCGAUGUUUGGACCUAUGUAUCUGAGCUGCCAAGAUUCACAUACGGCCACGCUGGCUCCGUACACAAGGACUAUGUCUAUGUCUCUGGAGGACAUGAUUACCAGAUUGGACCCUACAGGAAAAACCUGCUGUGCUAUGACCCUCGAGCUGACGCCUGGGAGGAGAGGAGACCCAUGACUGUUGCCCGGGGCUGGCACAGUAUGUGCACACUGGAUGACAGUAUUUAUGCUAUAGGGGGGAGCGAUGACAACCUGGAGUCUAUGGAACGAUUUGAUAUCCUUGCCGUGGAGUGCUACAGCCCCCAGUGCGAUCAGUGGACACAGGUAGCUCCAUUACUCCAUCCGAACAGUGAGUCCGGGGUAGCCGUUCUAGGCAAUAAGAUCUAUAUCCUGGGCGGAUACAGCUGGGAGAACACAACUUUCUCAAGGACUGUACAAAUAUAUGAUAAAGAAAGGAAGAAGUGGACGAAAGGGACGGACCUGCCCAAGACAGUGGCCGGAGUGUCCGCCUGUGUGUGCGUGCUGAAAAACCGGAGCCAUGACAAAGCUAAAAAAACAAAAACAAAGAGACCGUCAGACAAAGGCCGAUGAUGGUCUGACCGCUGUCUCUGUCCCCCCCAGACCCCUCAGUUCCUUACUGACUCCUCUGUGCCCUUCUGACACUUCUAGCAGCAGCUUAUCUCUUUAAGAAAAAAGAUUUGGGUAUGUUUAAAGGGGUAUUCCGGCUAUAACAGGUUAUCCCAUAUCCACAUGAUAGGGGAUCAGAUUGGUAG